CCCUAACCGUCCCUCCUCCCCCCUCCCGACAAUCGAUGGCUCAGUCUGGGCGGCCGGAAGCGCCGCGCUACAGAUGACGGGCCAGGAGGCCAAGAGGCCCCGCGAGGAGGGCGGUGAUGGAGGCGCGGCGCCGGCGAAGCAGCCGAGGUCGGAGGCGGGCGCCGCCGUGCCUGGAGGGGCGGCCCGAGGCGGCGGCUCCGAGCCCAGGCUCGCCGCUGGCCCUGGGGCCGCGUCCAGCAGCGCACCCGCUCCCGCGGCGGAGCCGCCGGCCGUCGGCGACCUCUUGGAGGGCGACGAGUUCGACGCCAUCUUCGAUGCCGGCGGCGUCGGCGAGUCCGAGCUGCUCGAGAUGGCCCGGGAGGCGCCGGUGCCUCCGGAGGAGCAGGCGCGCAAGUCCUUCGCCGCCCAGCUGGCCGCGGCCAGGCAGCUUGGGCAGGACAUGCUGCCAGAGCUGCUGUCCACGCUGCAGACCCAGGCCCCCUCUUGGGGAAGACUGAGAAGAUGGCGGAGUGUGGCGCUGCUGCUGGUCUACGUGGCACGCUCCUCGCGCCACUGCCGCGCGGCCUUCGUGGCGCAGGGGCUGCCCCUGCUCGGGUCGCUGUUGCAGGAGAGCGUGCUCGGGCUGGAGACGGCGGGGCCCAGCGAGCGGCAGGAGGCUGGCAUCUGGGGCCUGGCGGUCCUCGCGUGCCUGCGUGCGCUGCCCCUGGGCCGCGCCACGCUCUGGGAGCACAGGGCCUCGAUCGGCAAGCCGUUCGACCGCCUGCACAAGUGGUGCGCGAGGGAGAAGAGCGCCCUGGCCGCCGAGCUGCGCGGGCCCACACAGGCGCUCUGCAGGCGGUGGAGGCGCGAGCCGAAGCCCGCGGGCCAGGAGCACGCCCCCGAGCAGAAGGCCCUGCGCUGCAAGGUCGUCGAUAUGAUCGCGCAGGGCCUCAUGGGAAUCGCUGGCAACAGCCCCGCGUCUCCCGCCCCCGUUGCCGCCUCGCCGGGCAUGCCGCCCCCGAUGAUGGCGCGGGAGG